ACACAUUAAACACGCUGAAAGUGGCAAACUUCCUAAUGGGCCAGGCCACAGUUAAAAAUAAGUAAUGAGAAAUUAUACAGGAAUAACAACUUUCAUCCUGGUGGGACUAACAGAUGAUCCGAUUCUACAGACUCUGCUUUUUAUCUUUUUGUUACUGACUUACCUGUUGAGUAUUGUCGGGAAUCUGACCAUUAUCACUCUCACUUUGGUGGAUUCUCACCUUAAAACACCCAUGUAUUUUUUCCUCCGGAAUUUCUCCAUCUUGGAAGUUUCAUUCACAACUGUCUGCAUUCCCAGAUUUCUCUACACCAUGGCAUCUGGGGACCAUAUAGUUACCUACAAUGCAUGUGCCACUCAACUAUUUUUUGUUGUUCUCUUAGGGGCAACAGAGUUUUUUCUCUUGGCAGCCAUGUCUUAUGACCGUUAUGUAGCUAUCUGCAAACCCUUGCAUUACACAACCAUUAUGAACAAUGAAGUCUGCAUGAAACUCCUUAUCAGCUGCUACAUGCUUACUCUAGUCAUUAUCAUUCCACCUUUUGGCAUGGGCAUUGAACUCGAGUUUUGUGACUCUAAUGUCAUAGAUCACUUUGGCUGUGAUGCUGCUCCUAUCCUGAAGAUCACCUGCUCUGACACAGAAGUUUUAGAACGACUUGUCUUGGUCCUGGCUGUCUUAGUACUCAUGUUCACCUUGUCCUGUGUCAUUAUGUCUUACACAUACAUCAUCAAGACCAUUCUCAGGUUCCCUUCUGUCCAGCAAAGAAAAAAGGCUUUCUCAACUUGUUCUUCCCAUGUAAUUGUGGUUUCUAUUACUUAUGGAAGCUGCAUCUUUAUCUAUGUUAAGCCAUCUGCAAAAGAAGGGGUAGCUAUUAACAAGGUGGUGUCAGUACUUACCACUUCAGUUGCCCCUGUAAUGAACCCCUUCAUUUAUACUCUGAGAAACAAGCAAGUGAUACAAGCGUUCAAAGACAUGCUUAAAAGGAUUGCAUCUAUCUCAAAGAACUAA